AUGCUAGAUGAUAUAGAAGAUGAGCAAUAUCUAUUUGAAGGUGUAAAGCUUUCGGAAGUAGAAUAUCGUGAACUGAGGUACAAGAAAGAGAUAUAUGAACUUGUGAAGAAGCGGUCUGAGGAGGCUGACAAUGUAAAUGAGUAUAGAAUGCCAGAAGCUUAUGAUCAGGAAGGUGUUAAUCAGGAGAAGAGAUUUUCUGUGGCUAUGCAGCGUUACAGGUGUUUUCACUUAAUACAUGAUCUCCACUAGUUGUAAAAAUAUAAAAAGGAAAAGAAACUGGAAUCACUAUUAGAGUAUAGGAUUUUCUCUUCUUUUCUAUAUUGAUGUAUUUUACUUUUUCCCUGUAACUGUUUUAAGUUAUAACUGAAAGUGACACCUUUAUUUAUCUUAUCAUGUAAGCUAGGUU